GCUGCCUCUGCCUGGGCGGGAACCAGCUGAGCAGGCAGAGUACAAGUAGUGGGGCCAGGGCUGGAGGAGCAGCUCUUGCCGUCUGCUGGGAGCGGAGUGGGCCGUGGUGGUGGUUCUCUCUCUGUGGGUUGCUGUGGGGUCUUUCCUGCCAACAUGGCGACGGACCAGCAGGCGGAAGCCCGGUCCUACCUCAGCGAGGAAAUGAUUGCGGAGUUCAAAGCCGCCUUUGACAUGUUUGAUGCUGAUGGAGGUGGGGACAUCAGCACCAAGGAGUUGGGCACCGUCAUGAGGAUGCUGGGCCAGACGCCCACCAAGGAGGAGCUGGACGCCAUCAUCGAGGAGGUCGACGAGGAUGGCAGCGGAACCAUCGACUUCGAAGAGUUCUUGGUCAUGAUGGUGCGCCAGAUGAAAGAGGAUGCCAAGGGCAAGAGCGAAGAGGAGCUGGCCGAGUGCUUCCGCAUCUUCGACAGGAACGCGGAUGGCUACCUGGACGCCGAGGAGCUGGUUGAGAUCUUCCGGGCAUCUGGCGAGAGCGUCACUGAAGAGGAGAUCGAGGAGCUCAUGAAGGACGGCGACAAAAACAAUGACGGCCGGAUUGACUUUGACGAGUUCCUGAAGAUGAUGGAGGGCGUGCAGUAAGCAGCCAGUGGACAUUCCUGCCAGGCGGCCGGGCCAUGCCCCCCGCCCGCUCGUGCCUCUGCUCCCGCCACCGGGCCUUGCACCGCCCAAGCGCUUCCUGGCUGCCGCUCGCUCUGCACAGCUCAGAGACUCUUGUUCCAGCUCAACUCCGUGGACCCUCCUUCCUCCUCCUCCUGCCCCCCACCGGCCUGUGAAACCCUGUUUAGCGCUGGCACUUCAAUAAAGAGCAAGGACUGGA